CCGGCGGCAGGCGGCUGUCCGGCAGCAGCGGGGCCCUGGGCUGGGGUGGGGGUCGCCCAAGAUGGCGGCGGGCGGCGCGGAGGGCGGCUCGGGCCCCGGCGCUGCCAUGGGGGAUUGUGCGGAGAUCAAGUCGCAGUUCCGCACCCGCGAAGGCUUCUACAAGCUGCUCCCCGGCGACGGCACCGCUCGCAGGUCGGGUCCGGCUUCCUCCCAGACCCCGGCGCCGCCCCAGCCGCCGCAGCAGCCCCUGCCCGGCCCUGCCUCCACCUCCGGCCCCGGUGCUGCGGGCCCCGCGCCGUCCCCUCCGCCCGCAGGCCCAGGGCCCGGGCCCGCGCUGCCUGCGGUGCGCCUCAGCCUCGUGCGCCUGGGGGAGCCCGACGGCGCCGGGGCCGGGGAGCCUCCCGCCACGCCCGCAGGGCUGGGCGCUGGGGGAGACCGCGUCUGCUUCAACUUGGGCCGCGAGCUCUAUUUCUACCCGGGCUGCUGUCGCCGCGGGAGCCAACGGUCCAUUGACCUCAACAAGCCAAUUGACAAGCGGAUCUAUAAGGGCACCCAGCCCACUUGCCACGACUUCAACCAGUUCACUGCUGCCACAGAGACCAUCUCCCUGUUGGUGGGAUUCUCAGCCGGUCAAGUGCAGUACCUGGAUCUCAUCAAGAAGGACACCAGCAAGCUAUUCAAUGAGGAGCGGCUUAUCGACAAGACCAAGGUGACAUAUCUGAAGUGGCUGCCUGAGUCAGAGAGCCUGUUCCUGGCAUCACACGCCAGCGGCCACCUGUACCUGUACAACGUCAGCCACCCGUGUGCCUCGGCCCCGCCGCAGUACAGCCUGCUGAAGCAAGGCGAAGGCUUCGCCGUCUACGCCGCCAAGAGCAAGGCGCCCCGCAACCCGCUGGCCAAGUGGGCGGUGGGCGAGGGGCCCCUCAACGAGUUCGCCUUCUCGCCCGAUGGCCGGCACCUGGCCUGCGUCAGCCAGGACGGCUGCCUGCGCGUCUUCCACUUCGACUCCAUGCUGCUGCGGGGGCUCAUGAAGAGCUACUUUGGGGGCCUGCUCUGUGUGUGCUGGAGCCCCGACGGGCGCUACGUCGUGACCGGUGGUGAAGAUGACCUGGUCACCGUGUGGUCCUUCACCGAGGGCCGCGUGGUGGCCCGAGGCCACGGCCACAAGUCCUGGGUCAACGCCGUGGCCUUCGACCCCUACACCACGAGGGCCGAGGAGGCGGCGGCUGCCGGUGGCGAUGGGGAGCGGAGUGGCGAGGAGGAGGAGGAGCCGGAGGCCGCGGGCACAGGCUCGGGCGGGGGCGCCCCCCUCUCCCCGCUGCCCAAGGCCGGCUCCAUCACCUACCGCUUCGGCUCGGCCGGCCAGGACACGCAGUUCUGCCUGUGGGACCUCACCGAAGACGUGCUCUACCCUCACCCUCCCCUGGCCCGCACCCGCACCCUCCCCGGCACGCCUGGCACCACGCCGCCUGCCACCGGCAGCUCGCGAGGUGGUGAGCCAGGCCCCGGGCCCCUGCCCCGCUCGCUGUCCCGGUCCAACAGCCUCCCACACCCAGCGGGCAGCAGCAAGGCGGGCGGCCCGGGUGCGGCGGCGGAGCCGGGGACGCCCUUCAGCAUCGGCCGCUUUGCCACGCUCACGCUGCAGGAGCGGCGGGACCGGGGGGCCGAGAAGGAGCACAAGCGCUACCACAGCCUGGGCAACAUCAGCCGGGGUGGCAGUGGGGGCGGGGGCGGCGGGGACAAGCCCAGCGGCCCCGCCCCCCGAAGCCGGCUGGACCCCGCCAAGGUGCUGGGCACCGCGCUGUGCCCGCGCAUCCACGAGGUGCCGCUGCUCGAGCCGCUCGUGUGCAAGAAGAUCGCCCAGGAGCGGCUCACGGUCCUCCUCUUCCUGGAAGACUGCAUCAUCACCGCCUGCCAGGAGGGCCUCAUCUGCACCUGGGCCCGGCCGGGCAAGGUGUUCACAGACGAGGAGACCGAGACCCAGACAGGGGAAGGAAGUUGGCCCAGGUCACCCAGCAAGUCAGUGGUAGAGGGCAUCUCCUCCCAACCAGGCAACUCCCCAAGCGGCACAGUGGUGUGAAGCCAUGGAUGUCGGGGUCCCCCACCCCAUGCCCCCAGCUCCUAGCAUAACUGUCCCCGCUGACCUCAUGGAUCAACGUAUUAACAAGACUAACCAUGACGGAUGGACUGCUCCGGUCCCUCUCCCUGCACAAAUUUGGGGCAGAGGGUCCCUCAGACUGGCCCAGACACUGGGGGGAUGUAGUGGCCCGUGUGGCCUCAGCCUUGUCCCCACCCACUGCCGAGUACAAUGACCCCUUCCUGUGAAACAUCAGUGUUAGCCUCAUCCCUGACCCCAGCAUGUGACUGGUCACCCCUGGGGGAGAAACUCCCCACCCACAAGAGCCCCAGCUCUGCAGUGCACCUCUCGGUCCUGUGUGCAGGGCAGGGGGUGGCCCACCCCUCCCCUGGCCCCCGCCCUGCCCUUGCUGUUACUUGUGCUUUUGAAGAAUGUUAAAUUAUGGAAGCCCCUGGGGUCCUCGCUGUCCCCCAGGACCUCUUAUUUAUACUAAAGUUCCCUGUUUUCA